GGCUGCUCCAUUACCCAGUGGGCUGUGGUACCAGGAGCUUCCCACCAGUGAGAUUCUCAUGUGGAGGGACCUGUUGAAGGUCCUCUGGGGGAGCCUUCUGUCCCUGACUUUCCUGCACGGUGGCUACUUGCCUGCAGAGGAGUUGUAUCCUCCUAUCCUUACACCAGCUGUGUGGGACAGAAGGAAGAGCUAGGGGGAACCCUGGCCUUGGGGCCUGUUACGGUGCAGCAGGUUAAACUGGAGUCCCAGCAGAAGAUGGCCCAAGGGCUUGGACUUGGCUUAUGUGUGGGAGACUGGAUGAAGACUCAGGCUCCUGUUUGAUUGCUGCCAUUCAGGGAGUUAACUGGCUGAUGGAAGACCCCUCUCUCUCUGCCUUUCAAUUAAAUACAUCUUUUUUUUUUUUUAAUAGAGAAGCUUGGCCUUGGGGGCCACAGACUAGUAUUUUAACCCCUUGCAAAAUAUAUUAUAUAAAUAGGGAUAUUCUCUUCUGAGUUUUCCCCAAGAUUUAUUUAUUUGAAAGACAGAGAGAAAGAAAAGAGAGACAGAAGGGGGGGAGAGAGAGAUCUUUCAUCUGCUAAUUCACUCUCCAAAUGGCCCAACGACCAGGACUGGGCCCGGGCGAAGCCAGGAGCCAGGAACUCCAUCCUUGUGGAGGGGCCCAAGUACUCGGGCCAUCUUCCGCUGCUUUUCCAGGCGCACUAGCAGGGAGCUGGAUCCGAAGCGGAGCAGCUGGGAUGCAAACUGGCACUCUGAUGUGGGAUGCUGCUCGAGUUGCAGCGGUGGUUUAACUGGCUGUGCCCCAAUACCGGCCCUUCUGUUUUUUUCAACUUCCUUAAUUUAUGUUGUUAUGCAUACUACGAUGCAUCCUAUGAUCCAGGCACUGUAUGAAGCACUUUAUCAAAUGUGAGUUCAUCGAAUGCUCACAACAGCCCUGUGAGGAAGGUGCUAUUAACCCUAUAUGCAGAUGAGGAAACUGAGGCUUAGGAUGGCUGAGUAAUUUCCCCAGGGUUACCAAACAAGGAGGACUUUGAAUUUCUGAAUUAUUCCACAGUCUGAUAAUCAGGGUCCAUUGAUCGAAAUGGUCUCAGCCAUCUUCCUCUGUGGACAAGUUGCUGAGAAGCAAACAGAAAAACCCGUUGUUUUUUUUUUUUUUUUUUUUCAACAGAGACAUUUUCUUUUCUUUUCUUAAGAUUUAUUUAUUUAUUUGAAAGAGAGAGCAAGAGAGAAGAGAAAGAUAUUUUCAAUUUGCUGGUUCAUUUCCUAAGUGGCCACAAUGGCAGGGGCUGGGUUGAGUGGAAGCCAGGAGCUUCUUCUGGGUCUCCACGUGGGUGCAGGGGCCCAAGCACUUGGGUCAUCUUCCACUGCUUUCUUAGGUGCAUUAGCAAGGAGCUGGAUUGGAAGUAGACCAGCUGGGACUCAAACCAGCACCCAUAUGGGAUACUGGCCCUGAAGGCAGAGGCUUAACCUUCUGGGCCAUAGCACUGGCCCCCAGAAAAAACUCUUUAACUUGCUUUCUUUUCAAGCGUACUCUGCUUCUUUGGAUUUUACAUCAUAUAAGCUAGGUCCCACAUGUUUGAAGUCUGCCCACCCAAGUGUAGAAACACAAGUUGUUAACAUUUAUGCCCAUGCAUCAGUAUCUGCUUUUCUGUGCUCUGUUCCACUAGCUGUCACCACAUCCCCUCUGCCUUGGCAGCCAGUCUGGGCAACACCCCUCUGGUUCAACCUCAGCACCCUCCCUUGGACACACGCUAGGUAUCACUGCCCCUUCAGCUGAAGACAUAGGGUCAGUUGAAAGGUGGUGACGUCUCUUCUUGGAGUGAACCUUGAAAGGCUGAAUUUGGGUGGGCAGAGAGACAUUGGCAAGGCAGAUAUGAGGGUACUUCCAAAAGUUGAUGGAAAAAUGAAGUGGAAUGACAUGUAUAUUUUGGGGCAAACAAUUUGGAAAUCCAUGCAGUUUUUUCACAAUACUCACUUUCCAUGAGCCUUCCAAAGAUCCCUUGUGUGCAUAGAUUUAAGAUUUUUUGUUUUGCACCAAGAAAAACACUUUUAAUCCCAUUUUCCACAAUGUUUUUGAAACACUCUCAUAUUGUCUAAGGGUCUGGAGUUGUGGUAUGGGAGUUGGGGUCUGGAGUUGGGGUAUGGGGCCAUGAUAGAAAGGUAGGAAUGGCAGAGCCCAGAGACAGGAGGAAACUGGUGUGAGAUAGAGAGCCUUGCAAAGGGGAUAGAAGACAGGAACCUGCAGGGUGUGAAAAGCUCAGGGGUGUUUGACUAGAAUGCAGGCGGCAGGGCAAAAGGCUUUGGGUAUUUCUGCUGGUGGAGAUGUAGGUUUUCAGGGUUUGCACAAUGGGGCAUGCCCAAGGUGGCUGUGGUGAGAGCCUUGGAGACCUCCACCCUCUCUCCCCUGAGCUUUGCAAAUGCAUUGAGGGCAGGGGUUGGGAUUGUUCAGUCUCGAAUCUUCAGAGUCUCCUGGGUCCCCUUGACUUCAUCCUGGUGAGUCUGGUGCUUUAUAGGCACCCAUGGACUUUCAAACAAGUGAAGGCAGAGAGAGAGAAAGGAAAAGAAGGAGGAGGGAGGGUUUGUUCCACAGCAGGAGCUGGCGAUGGCUGGGAGCUCCAGACAAGUGUCAACCAGUCCCUUUCCAAAGUCAGGCCCCUGGGGCUCACCCUUCUCUGCAUUGCCCAUGGGAUCACUGUGCACAAGGAAACUCACUCUCUGGUCUUUAUUCUACAGGGUCAGAGGUAAUAGGCCAGAAUUCACCAAGGUCUCCGCCGAGACAAACAAGACCAAGGAAGAUCUCGCUGUCACUCAUUCAAGGGAAAGUGGCUGUUCAAGGCCUUUGUUCCACCCAUGUACCAUGCCCACAGUGAAUGCUCAUGAGAUUGCAAGUGCUGUCUCUGGCCUGUACAGUGCCCACACUCGCACAAUUCCCCCGCCUUCACACGUUCUCAGCGGGACAAAGUCAGGGGAACACAGUGAGCAGUUCCUCCUCAGUAAGGGGUUCUUCAGAAUCGUGGCCAUUGCACAGAUGCUCUUGAGUUCUUGACAUAAAGGUUGGUUUUUGAAAACGUAGAUUAGGACAGAACUUAAAAACAACAGAUUGACUAAUAGUCAUACAAAGAUUAGUGUACCUUUGACCACAUUUUUUUGUUUAUUUUUCUAUGUGUUUCCUUCGUGGUCUUUCAUGUGGCUCACCCAAUGCCGUCUGUGUACUUGUUGAGAGCUUUAACUGUUUUUCACGUAGUUUUUGCUGAAGUCAGUUUUUCCAAGACCCUCUUUCUUCAGAGCUCAGUUUCACCUUCCCACCUGCUGGCAGCCGCUUCGGUCACAGAAAGAGGCCACAUCUGCUUCCUGUAGGCCCCCUGGGCAGAAGCAUGCACUGGUGCUUCCUCCUGAUCUGGGCCCAGGGGCUGAGGCAGGCUCCUCUCCUCGCCUCAGGCACUAUGGCAAGCAUGAUAGUGACAACAGGCAACAUUUCUGCAGAGGAAGGCGGCUCCGCCAUCUUACAGUGUCACCUUUCCUCCACCACGACGGAAGUGACCCAGGUCAACUGGGAGCAGCAGGACCGACUGCUGGCCGUUCGUCAUGUUGACCUUGGCUGGCACAUCUCGCCAGCCUUCAAGGAGCGGGUGGUGCCAGGCCCCAGCCUGAGCCUUACCCUGCUGGCGCUGACUGUGAAUGACACAGGGGAGUACUUCUGCACCUACCAUACCUACCCCGAUGGGAUUUACAAAGGCAGAAUCUUUCUGGAAGUCCGAGGAAGCUCAGUGGCUGAGCACAGCAUCGGGUUCCAGAUUCCAUUGUUUGGAGCCAUGGCCACAGUGCUGGUGGUCACCUGCAUGGUGGUCCUCGGGGUGGCCGCAUUGUCUAGAAAGAAGCAGUUUCUCAGAAUACAUUCUGCAGAAAGUGGCCCCCGGAGGACGUCUGCUGAGCAGGAGGAACGGGGUCCCAGUGUUCCCUCUUCUCUGGAAAGCUGUGUCCAGGCAGCCACUGCCCCUGCUGACCUCUGCUUGGAGCAGAGGGGAGAUGACUAUGAUGAGCCGCACGACUACUUUAAUGUCCUGAGUUACAGAAGCCUGGGGAGCAUCAGCUUCCUAGCAGAGACAGGCUAGCAACCAGAGGCAUCUUAUGGGAGACCUAAUCUUGUCUUUGCUGUGAUAACGGAUGUGUAAGCAUCUGCACUCUGCAUCAGUGCUGUGUGUGUGUGUGUGUGUGUGUGUGUGUAUGUUUUGCUCAGUGGAUGGAUGCCAUUCUUUUCCCCAUCUUCAUUUCGUUCCAUUGUGGAAGACCAGGGGUGGGUACCUUGUACCUUAAUCAUGGAUGCAAAGUUAUAUAUAUAUAUAUAUAUAUAUAUAUAGAAACACUUUCUUUAUAAUAGCACUGGAAAGGGUUUUGGCCUGCAGGGUUUUAUGGUGGAUAGAAGAAUGGUGGUCAGGACUGCACAGCCAUGUGCAUUUCAUUUCUCACUGCCAUUUUCAUCUACAUUCACUCGUUCCUGGCUUUUUAUAAACAAGGCAGGAAACCAGCCUCUCUUUGGGGUGAUCUGAAGAUGAUGAAACUUGGUUUCUGCCUUUUAUAAAAUGCAGUUAGGUGGGAAGACAUUGACAUCAAAAGUCAGUAAGGAGAUAAGGAUACAAGACAGAGGUCAGUUCAGGGUGAGGGGGUCAGGCUGGGCUUAUGGGUGUGGAGGAAGUGGCUCGGGAGCACAAAGGGAACAGCAAGGCUGUCUAGGGAGGUUGAAGCAAUGGAAGUUGGUGGAGCCAAAGUCCCACAGGAAGGCCCUGGCAUCAGGAGGCCAAGGAACUUCUGAUUUUAUUCUCUGGGCAGGCAUUUCAAGUUGUGCUGUACUCACAGUCCAUUAACGACGGCCUGGUACAGACAACACAAGACUCUCCCGGCUGUGUGUGCUGGGGAUGCCCACAGGGAGGUGUGCCCACGGAGCCGACUGGCUCUUAGCAUUUGGGCCAAAGUCGGCCCUUUCUGGAUCAACCCACCAUUGAAACAGAAAGAGUGUCUGCUCUCAACCAAAAGGAAAAUCUGGACUUUGAAAAAUAGGGUGGUGAUAGAGGGUUUGAAAAAAUAACACCUGCACAGUGGCUUUUCUGAACCCGUUUAUUCACGCCCCGACCUCUUCACCGGAGGUGGCUUCUGAGCUGCUCACUGCUGUUCAACUGCGCCGCUCGCACUGAAUCCUGGAAUAAUUGCAUCCUUCCGCCAUGUCUGUGGGAGGAAUGAGCAGGGAGGCUGGGUUUACUGGUGACUGAUUUUCUUACCUGGACUUAGGCACCGAGAAUGAAGCAAAGCAAGGCAAUCACUCGCCAACAGUUAAAGCACGGCUCCCCUCCUUAAGGACGAGCAAGAAGACGGCCAGCUCCUGCUCCUUCUUGGAUUUUACUUUUUCUCUCCUUCUGACAGAGCAGACAUGUGCUUAGGAGCAAUGAGCUGAAAUCUGCCCCAUGCUCCGAGUCCCUCGGAAGACAGAUCCGUAUACAACGCUGUUGUCCGCCAGGGAAGGGCGCACUGUUUUUUCUCACAGAACUAGUGCAGAGUGGUUGGGAGGAGAACACAGUUCAUGAAUUGGAAGUGAAUUAAAAUAUAAUGACAAAGAGGGAGUGAUGUUGUGAUUUGGAGGAGAUGUAUACUGAGGCAAAGUUGGACUGAGAGAUGGAUGUUAUUUAACAUCAUUAUGGUAAUGGGGAAACAUUUACAAAUACCACUGUGUUGGUGAGAAGAUGCAAAAUGGAAAUAAGAAUCAGUUUGACAGAAAAUAAAUUUUAAGGUGGAAUUCACUGAACUCGAUUUUCCUCUGAGAACCAGAGAAGACACUUUCCUCAAAGCCAGCUCCCUGGAGACAGGCACUGGCCACUACGGUAACCACUUUCCACAGGUAGCUGUGUACCACCUGAGAUGUGCUUGGUCUGAAUUGAGAUGUGCUGUGUUGUGAGUGUAAAAUACACUCCAGAUUUCCAAGAUGUAAUAUGAGUAAUAAGAAUGUAAACUAUCUUAGUAAUUUUAAAAUAUUGAUUAUAUGUUGGAAUGUUGAAUUAUAUUUUGGGCUAAAUAAAAUAUAGUUUA